CAAAUUUUUGCAAAGAGCAGAAAAUCUGAUCUUUGCUAUAAGUCGUUCUUGCAUUUCACGUAGCUGUUUAUAUGACUGAAGUGUUUAAUAAGAGUUUUUAUUGAGUGUAGUUAGAGAGCAGCUGCAGAAAUCUUAAGUGCUUCUGUUAAUUUUUUUUUCUCUGUAGUUUUGAAACUGCAAAAAUCUCAGAAGAAAACUGGAGACUGACACAGAUCAGGGUGAUUCCUCAACUGUUCACUCUUCUGGAAGAACUGCUUUUGCGGGGUGGGAAUGAUGACAGGGGCAAAAAGAAAAAGAAGUGUAGUCUGGAGGAAGAUCCAGGCUAUUCGCUUUGAAGAUAUCAAACUCUGGUGCAUGAGAAGGCUGCCCUUCUUGAGAUGGAUGCCUGCCUACAACUGGAAGGAAAACUUGAUUCCUGAUACGGUUUCUGGGGUGAUGCUAGCCAUCCAGCAGGUGACUCAAGGGCUGGCCUUUGCGGUCCUGUCUUCAGUCCAUCCGGUUUUUGGUUUAUAUGGCUCUUUCUUUCCUGUCAUUAUUUAUGCCACAUUUGGAAUGGGACAUCAUGUUGCAACAGGAACUUUUGCUUUAACUUCCUUAAUAUCUGCCAACGCAGUUGAGCGUCUUGUUCCUUCAGUCAGGACUAAUUUCACUACAAACAAUAAUUCAGGACCCUUGGGCCUAUCGGAGUUUGAAAUGCAGCGGAUUGGAGUUGCAGCAGCAGUUUCAUUUCUAGGAGGAAUCAUUCAGGUAGCGAUGUUUAUGCUGCAAUUGGGCAGUGCCACUUUCUUGUUAACGGAACCGGUGAUAAGCGCGAUGACAACAGGAGCAGCUACGCAUGUUGUGACUUCACAAGUGAAGUAUCUGCUGGGAAUGAAAAUGCCAUAUAUAUCAGGACCACUGGGAUUUUUUCAUAUUUAUGCCUACAUAUUUGAGAAUAUCAGAUCAGUUCAGUUGGAGGCUUUACUUCUCUCCUUGCUGAGCAUUGUGGUGCUGGUUCUUGUUAAAGAACUGAAUGAGAAAUUUAAGAGAAACAUUAAAGUUGUUCUUCCCAUCGACCUAGUUUUGAUAAUUGCUACAUCCGUUGCCUGCUACUAUGCUGAUAUGGAAUACAUCUAUGGGCUAGAAGUUGUGGGACAUAUUCCUGAAGGGUUACCAUCACCAAAACCACCACCCAUGAACGUCCUGCCUGAAGUAGUCACUGAAGCUUUUGGAGUUGCACUGGUUGGUUAUGUAGCAUCACUAGCUCUUGCCAAAGCCUCUGCUCAAAAGUUUAAAUACACUGUGGAUGAUAAUCAGGAAUUUUUGGCUCAUGGUCUCAGCAACGUGAUUCCUUCAUUUUUCUUUUGCAUACCAAGUGCUGCAGCGAUGGGACGGACGGCACUUUUAUACAGUACGGGCGCCAAAACACAGGUGGCUUGCCUUGUCUCUUGUGUGUUAAUUCUUGUGGUGAUCUAUGCAAUUGGACCUAUGCUGUACUGGCUGCCUAUGUGUGUGCUAGCAAGCAUUAUCAUUGUAGGCUUGAAGGGGAUGCUAAUGCAGUUCCGUGACUUAAAAAAAUAUUGGAAUAUGGAUAAAAUAGACUGGAGCAUAUGGAUUAGUACCUACGUGUUUACAAUAUGCUUUGCUGCUAACGUGGGACUGUUGUAUGGCGUUGUCUGCACUAUAGUAAUUGUGAUUUUCCGCUUUCCCAGAGCAAAGACGCUGAGUUUGAAAAAUGUGAAAGAAGUGGAAUAUAAAUACAAAACAGAAGAUAAUUGCGAAUCACUAAAACAGGUAAAGAUAGUUUCAGUCAACAACCCAUUAGUCUUUCUGAACGCCAAGAAAUUUCACACUGACCUGAUAAAGAUAAUCCAGAAGGAUAGCACAAGCAGCCAGGCGUGUGAAGAUGUAAACAAGUGUGAGCAGAACACGUUGCUCUGUUCGUUUCCCAAUGGAAGUUGUCAUGGUGAGUCAUUGCAGACAUGUCACAGUGAGCGACGUGUUUUGAUAGUAGACUGCAGUGGACUGGAUUUCUUUGACUACACUGGAGUCUCAGUGCUGCUUCAGAUUUACAUGGACUGUAAAAACAGGCACAUCGAUGUGUUGCUAGCACACUGCAAAGCUUCCCUGAUAAAAGCAAUGCAGUACGGUGGAAAUCUUGAAUCUGAAAAUCCUGUCUUCUUUGAAUCUAUUACUUCAGCAAUCGAUGCCGUUCAGAUUCACAGGAGUUACAGCAAGUUCAGUGAACAGAGUGAAGUGUGAUGUCAACCCAUUGAAUAGGACGAGUUUGAUCUGCUCAUAUUCAGAAUGAACUACACCACGGAUUCUCCUUAGUUUUUUUCUCCGGGGGAUCUCUUUUGUAUGCCAUAUAUAUUUACUACAUUCAGUAAUGACAGAUCUGCCAUUCAGAAAAAAAAUGUUUCAGCUGCCACCACUCAGAGAAUGUUCAUACAAUUGUUCUAUAGUGGUUUCAUAUAAUAUUUUUAUAUACAUUUAGGUACAAAUUAUUAGGAAGCAGACAUGAGGUACUGACUGUGUUUACCACUGAGGUAUAUUCUUUUAGAUAUCUGCUAUUGUAACAUUAGUUGUAAUACGCAUCUGUAGUUUUGUGCAUGGAAUAAUGAGACAUUAUGGAUUCUUAAAAACAGUGUAUUAUAAUUGAUACAAUAUAUUCAGGAAGCCAUAUACCGGUGCAUACUGUUUCUAAUGGCUUUACUUAUCCUUUUUUUCUGUUCAAGACAGCCAUUUGCAAUAACAGCAUCAUAUCAGAGCCAUCAUAUUCUUCCAUUUUUCAUACUUUGUUUUGUAUGCCUUUUAAUGCCUGCCAAGGUCAGUGGGAGCACCGUAUAUUCUGAGGAGGCAGAUGUAUGUUGGCUAAAUGCACUGGAUUGUCUGCCUCUCUAGUAGUUGUCUUGAGUUAUUAUUAUGGUUUGCUCAUUUUCAAAGCCACAGGUAUCCUUUAGCUCAGAUCGAAGAGGAAAAAAUGGUAAUAUUUUUCCAAAACUUGUUCUUGUUUCCAGCAUAGAGCAGUCUGCAUCUCUAGUUUGGGCUGUGAUUUCUUUGGUGUUGAAAUCUUCCUCUGUGACAGCUGGGUGAUGACAGUGGAGAGACGCACAAGGCGUGUGCCACAUUUUAGCCCCAAUGUGUGCAGUACCGUGUGCGAGCACACAAAUGGGGUGGAGGAAUUAAUGGGUUGAGUAUUUGGCUUGUAACUAUAUAUUGACAUCAGUCAGAUUAGAUUAUGCUAUGAUAUCAGUAUCAUGUUACGUGGCAAGGCGUAUGACUUUUUUCCUUUUAUCUUUGUUGCCGUACAUGAACGCUAUCAGUAACAUGUAAGACUUGAGCAAAAAACAAUCAAAAAUGAGAAAGGAUGAGGAGUAGGAUUUUUCCUUAUUGACUUAACAAAACUACAGAAGCUAAAAGGUAAACGAAUAUGGCACAGCCAUAACGGCCAUCUUAGCACUACAGCGAAGCGAGAACUAUAAGGGCGCUUUGUGCAGCUGGAGCGUAUAGGCAAAAUCUGGCUAAGCAUCCUGUUUUCAGCAGCACUUACAUACAUAUGUUUGUCUGGACUCUCCUUGCUCUCUCUGCUCAAAGCAGAUGCCUGCAGUAGAUGAGGUGGCUCGUGGAGUGAUUUUUAUGUCUCUGCAUACUUGUGCUAAGACGUCAAUAGGAUUUUCUUCUGGUCUUGGUCAUUCCACACUACUAGAAGAUAAUGGGAGAGAGACACAGGGGUUUUUACCCUUUCAGUUGUGGGUGACACCUGGAGUUAUUCCCUACUUUGUCCCACAGAUGAUUGGAAGUGCUCUGUACAUGUUCUGCUGAGACCGAUUUCAUAAAUACUAUGUAAAGGGUUGAUUAGUAACUGAGAAGCUUGUUAUACAUAGGAGAAAUAAGUUCUGUACAUCGUCCCAGGCGUGUUCAUUUCAGAUGGUGUAGUUGAUUGCCAAUUGCUCAUUACAUCCUCGGACUCGGUAACAGGCUGUAACGUUUGAUUAAUAAAUUCUUCAGACAGUUUUAGUAAUUUAUUAACACUUUAGAAACUAUUUACAUUGUACUUUAAUUGUAGAGGCAUCAAUUGUAUGUCACAGCUGAAUGGAGAUCUCUACUUAACUGCAAACUGAAUAAAUGAAAAAAUGGUAUCUUUUCUACCAAGUUCACUAUUUAUUCUUUGGUGGCUAAAUGUUUUUUCCAAACAUUUGCAGAUAAGUUGGUUAAUGAAAUUGUUAAAAAUAGGGUCUUCAGCAAAGAUAGCAUCUACCAGGAGACUUUCGGUUUUGUUCCGAAUGAUCUUGUAAAUGGAAUAACACAGACGCUUUUUAAAUUCUUUGUAGUGUUAGCCCUUGAUGAAAUCCUCUGCAUCUCUGCAUCAAAUUAACAGUUUUGUAGUGCUAAUCAAAAUGGCUUCCACUUUCCACUGCUUUCAAAAGGAAUCACUUUUCCACAACUAAAUGGCUGGUGUGAGAUGGACAUUUAUGUCCCAUUAUCUGAAAGACCUUCAGCGUCAUUUAAAAAAGUGUUUCGUGAACGUAAGACUUCAAAUUCAAAAUGUCUUAAUGCUGUGAUUACUGCUCGAUUGUCUCUCGGGGCAGAAUCAGGGAUGAAAUACAUUUCUUCCCUUAAAACAUUCUAUCAUAACUCUAAAUUUCCUAACCUUGCAACACUGGGCUUUGGGAUACAGCUAAUAUUCCUGUAAUGUGUUUUACCUUAUAUAAUUAGCCUAAAUUUCUUUCUGUUUCUGAGAAUAUACACUGUUAAUUAGAUUCCUUUUCUGGCAAGUGGCACCGCUUAAGAUAGUUGUUUCUCAGCAGAACAGAGCAUUCAAAAGACCUGUGAACAUCUCUGCCCUUUCAAUUAUUUCUAAAACACCUGUACUGAGCUUAAGCGGUCUGUCAGAGCAGAACUGCUUUACUGAACCACGGUUAGUGGGUGGGGGAGGGUCAUUUCUCUUUUACCAUUGGCCCAGGAGGGCAAAUUACUUCACUACUGAUGCAGUUUCUGCUUCUCCACCACCACUCCUCUGAGCUAUUGGCAUUUACUAAAGCUGGUGAUCGCAUGUUGUCUCUCUUCAAGUGACCAGGAUGACACGUCAUCAGAUCUCAUGCACCAGUGACCGACUGCCAGGAGAUCACCAGUCACCCUGCUGGUGCGUUUGCUGCACUUGCAGCGUCAACUGACAACCAACUGCUCAAUUCUUUGAUGAAGACUUAAGGAAACACCCUAAACCUUCUAGGUUAAGUUUUGGGGGUUGCUAUCAAUUUCAACUCUUUCCUCAAUGCUUCUUUGUAUAGGCUGUCCACUGGCUUCCCUAUGGCUCUGAGGAAGAAUUACUAUGUAAAUAUAUAGGAGCUUAACUCAAAACAUCCCAUUUAACUUCACUAGAA